UGUUUUUGGUUGGGGUCUGCUUGUGCUGUUGUCAGGGUGCAUCUCUCCUAACUUUCACUGAGGCAAAUAAUAGUUUACUGCGAGAACCACGGAAUGACUUCCAGCAGCUGGAUAAGUCUCAGGCCAAAGAAGAACUUCAGAAGGAUGAAGUGCUAUUAGCAGAAAAGCAGGAAAAAUGGCAGACUGGACAAGCAAAUGAGGAAGAGCAGAGAGAAGGUAAGGAAGAGAGCCAAAACAAGAAAGAACAUGACAAAGCAAAAGAAGGACAGAUGCAGAAACGUAAUGAGGUAAAACCAAAACAACAGAAUAAAGAGCAGAAUGAUGACGACGAGCAAGGUGAUGAAGAGCAGCAAGGAGAUGAACAGCAAAAUGAUGAAGAGCAGCAAGGAGAUGAACAGCAAAAUGAUGAAGAGCAGCAAGGAGAUGAUGAGCAGAAUGAUGAAGAGCAGGGUGAUGAAGAGCAGAAUGAUGAAGAGCAGCAAGGUGAUGAAGAGCAGAAUGAUGACGAGCAGCAAGGUGAUGAAGAGCAGUAUGAUGACGAGCAGGGUGAUGAAGAGCAGAAUGAUGACGAGCAGGGUGAUGAAGAGAAUGAUGAAGAGCAGCAAGGUGAUGAAGAGCAGAAUGAUGACGAGCAGCAAGGUGAUGAAGAGCAGUAUGAUGACGAGCAGGGUGAUGAAGAGCAGAAUGAUGACGAGCAGGGUGACGAAGAGCAGAAUGAUGAAGAGCAGCAAGGUGAUGAAGAGCAGAAUGAUGACGAGCAGCAAGGUGAUGAAGAGCAGUAUGAUGACGAGCAGGGUGAUGAAGAGCAGAAUGAUGACAAGCAGGGUGAUGAAGAGCAGAAUGAUGAAGAGCAGCAAGGUGAUGAAGAGCAGGGUGAUGAAGAGCAGAAUCAUGAACAGGAAAAAGAGGAAUGGCAGGUAGACAUGGAGUACGAAGAUGGAGAAAAGUCUGAACCAAGAGGCACUGAAACCGACCUUGAUGCACCAAAAAAGGAUGCAGAGGAUGUCACUGAGAGAGACAAUCGAGUAAAAUUUAAACCAGACCGGACUGGACAUCGGAAAGUGGCAUUCAACCCUUCGAUAAAACAUGGCAAAGUCAAAGAAAACAAGGCAACGGAGGAGGUGCCUGGAUAUGAUGACACCGACACUAAGCUUGGUACAACACACCAGGGCAAAGAUGUUUAUGGCAUGGACAGUAAUAAAAUUGCUUUUGAUUAUGAAGAAGAAGAAAAUGGAGAUUUCUUACUUAAGAUUGAUAGGCAUGAUGACGAGAAAGUGCUGUUGAAAGUUGUGGAGGAGAGCAGUCACUUUUUUACCUACCUCGUCUGCACGGUACUGCUGGUUGCCAUCCUUUACAUUGCAUAUCACAACAAGCGUAAGAUCAUUGCAUCCAUCUUUGGAUCAAGGACAUCAAGGACCUCGCGGAGACAGUAUUUGGCAGACUAUCAGAGACUCGAUCAGCGCUGAUGAAGACCAACAAAAGAAGGAUUAGAAAGAAUAGAUGUAAAACUUGAAUAUCAGGUUUCAUGAAGCUUGUGUCACAAAUGUGUUUAUCUAUGGAGAAGGUCAGUUACAGCUUGAAGAUCGUGUGGUCUUUUGCUAUAAAAAUGCGUUGUUGGUCGGUGAGAUUAUGGAUAGGGAUUUGUACUCAUAUGGGGGUUCGUAUUGCAUGCAGAUGUUAAUCAUUAUUGAAAUUGAUGGGCUUCCUUGAUAAUGGGUUUUUUCUGAGUGAGAGAGUCUGGAGAUACAGUUGGGAUUUUUUUGAGAGUGAGAGUGGGUACACAUUACUGGUGUUUUGAGGCAGCGUGAGUAAGUGUGGUUGGUGUUUUGAGUGAGACAGAGGAGGUAGAUAUGGCUGGACUUUUAAGUGA